AUGCGAGCGGCGCAGGAGCGCAUCCAGGAGCGACUGCCACCCAAGAAGCGGGACCUGCCCUCGGCUGCUGGCGGUGAAGAUGGGGGGGGAGGGCGGGGGGUCCCUGGGGGGGCCGGGGGCGGCGAGGCCUCGGCCCCCUCCUCCCCCUCCCCCUCUGAGUGGCCACGAGGAGGAGGUGGGGCGCCCCCACACUAUGGGGAGGGCGGGGCGGCAGAGGGGGUGGCCAGCCUGACGGUGGACCAGUUUGGCCUGCUGUACAAGGUGGCGGUCCCGCCAGUGGUGAGCGUCAGCCCGCUGCCUCCCGCCUUCAGCGUGGCUUCGCCGCUUCUGCAGCACCCGCACUCGGGCCUCCCCUACUCACCCCUCCACUACGCCCAGCUGCCCCCCUCGGCAGCAGCCCCGCUGCACUUUGUGGGCUCCCCCUACUCGGUGCCCUACGCCCUGCCCCCUGGCGGCUUCUUCCCCACUGCCUCUCGCAUCCCCCACUUGGUGCCAUUUACGCCCCUCCUGCUGGAAGAAGCCGGCCCACCUGCUCACACCUUCGGCAAAACCACCGCUGCCCCCCUUUCCCUGCAGCCCCACGGCGGGAGUCAGCUGCUGGACGUGGGGCAGGGCAGGUUUCCCGUUCAGUAUCAGCUGUCCCACCUGCCUACGGGCUACUCUGCCUUUGAGGUUCCCGUGGCUGAUCCCACCUUGGCGCUCCCACUGCAGGACCCCAAACUCAUCACAGCAAAUGGCGUGGGGAGGCCCCAACCAAAUGAGGUUCUGGACAUGGGCAGUGGCAGUGCCGAAGGGCAGUUGCCAGGGACAACGACUGCAGAGCCCACUGCUGACAGUCGCUUCUUAGCCAGCUGCCCCUCACUGAGGACAGAAGUUGCCAUGACGUCUCAGCGGAGCACGCCGGACACAGACUUGGAAGUGCAGAGGGUGGUGGGCAUGUUUGCCUCCUCACAGGAUCACCUGGCCUGCUCAGGGCAGCAGAAGGGUGGCGGGAGCCCUUUGAACCUUUCUCAUCGUGCUCUCCCUGGGCAGGGGGAUGGAUCUGGGAGGAGUCCGGGCCGAGCUGCUGCUGCUGAGAGAAGCCUCCAGCAGAAGUCCUCAUCUGCAAAGUCUCUGGAGGAGGAGCUGCUCCCCCGCCAUCAAAUCCUGGCCAACGGCAGGGCCCUCCUGCCUGCAGCCCCAGAUGGCCUGGGGGGAGUCAGUCCAGAGGCGCCGGCCCAGGGGGGGCUGCCGGAUCCAGACUCUGCUCCCUCCCCGGGCCAAUUGCCCUCCCACUUCAUGAAAGGAGCCAUUAUCCAGCUGGCCACAGGAGAGCUGAAGCGGGUGGAGGACUUGCAGACCCAAGACUUUGUGCGCAGUGCAGAGGUGAGCGGCGGCUUGAAGAUCGACUCCAGCACUGUUGUGGACCUCCAGGAGAGCCCUUGGCAGGGCUUUGUCACGCUGCAUUUUGUGGUCGGAGAGCAGCAGAGCAAAGUGAGCAUCGAUGUCCCUCCCGAGCAUCCCUUCUUUGUGUAUGGGCAAGGCUGGUCGUCCUGCAGCCCAGAGCGGACGGCCCGGCUCUUUGCGCUCCCUUGCCACCAGCUGCAGGUGGGUGAUGUUUGCAUCUCCAUCAGUUUACAGAGCCUGAACGGCAGGCUUGCUGUGCAGGCCACCCCGGGACCUUCCCGAGAGAGACUGGGGAGAGACAGCCAGAGCUUUCGAGAGGCACAAGCGAGAGCGGGCAGCCCCAUGCAGAAGGGGGGUGCUGCUGUGUCACUGGGCUCCCCUCAGUAUGGCUGGGCUGGCCCCAGCUUCCAAAGGCCUGGGGAGGAGCCUCGCUCGCCCUCGAGUCGCCCCUCGUUCAUUCCCCAAGAGGUCAAGCUGUCCAUUGAGGGCCGUUCAAAUGCAGGGAAGUAA